UGAAGAAAUCAUUAGUUUCUUAACAGCAUGUUCACCUCUUGACCACUGGUCAAACUACUUGUAAAAAUAAUUAAGUUGAUAUUCUAAGUGUGCCCAAGAAAUUUUCUUGAAAAAAAUUCAUUUUUAACACUAAUUGGAUUUAGAAAGAUUAAGUUUAUGACUGCAAUUGUAGAAACGGGAGCUUAGUGAGUGUUACCCUUUUGUGUUCGGCUUUUUUGUUCCUUUGCCUUUUUGCCUUGACCAUCGGUCAAGUGUUUUCAACACUAUUAUGAAUUACACUAAUUAAGGAGAAAGAGAAAGUAACAAGGCUUCUCAAUACUUUUUCUUUCGCUUUCUUUGCCUUUUCCUUUGCUCUCCCAUUUUCUUUCACUUCUUUAUCUUCAUGUCCAUCUCAAUGUCCAUCUCCAUCUCCAUCUUCAUCUUCAUCUUCAUCUCCAUAGUUGACAGUUCACAACUAGUUUCUUAGAAAUCAUUUCAUUAUCUUCAUCAUCGGAAAAAGAGCUUCAAUCAGUCUUAACUUUCCAUCGGCGUUUCACAAUUAAAUCAUCAUGUUGAUCAAUAUUUUAUUACUGAUUCUCUUUUUAUUGCCCAGUCCCGCUAACUUUUGGUCGAUCAAUAACUUUUUGAUCACCAGUGGUCACAUUACGGCUCCUUUUCUGCCCACAAUACAAUCGGGUAUUCAAGUUGGAUUAUCCGAGUGUCAGAAACAAUUUAAACAUUCCCUGUGGAAUUGUCCAACAAGUGUAUUUCUUAAUAUUCUCAACCCAUCGAAGAGAAAUCGUUUGAAAGUGACCAAAGAAGUGGCCUUCAUCCAGGCGAUCGUCAAUGCUGCUUUAGUUCACACAAUUGCGACGACCUGUCAAUCUGGACAACAAAAUAACUGCAGUUGUCGAGCAGAUCGGAAAAGGUCAUUUCAAGAUGGACAAAUCAAUCAGGACAAUUUCGCUUGGCUUGGAUGCACCGAGUCUGUGAGAUUCGCCAUCAAGACAACAAGCGCUUUUUUGGAUAAAAAGGAAGGAUCGGACAAUUGGGCAUCGAUAAACAUGCACAACAGUCAAGUCGGUCGGCAGAUUGUCCAACAAACAAUGCGAAAAGUGUGUCGAUGCCAUGGACUAUCCGGAAGUUGUAACCUCAAAUCUUGUUGGUGGAAAGUCAACGAUUUCCAUAAGAUCGGGAAAAGAUUAAAAUCAUCUUUCAAAAAUGCUAGAAAAUUGGAGAUUAAUAACAUGUUGAGAACCAGUGAUUCUGACACCAAGAACAAUUUAAUUUAUGUUGAAGAAUCGCCAAACUAUUGUUUCCCAAAUCAAACAUUUGGCUCAGUCGGAACACUCGGUAGACAUUGUGAAGAUGAAAAGUCGUGCGAUGAACUUUGUGUUCAGUGCGGUUAUAACGUAACUGAACAACUUGAGAAAACAGUCGAUAACUGUAAUUGUAAAUUCCACUGGUGCUGUCAAGUCAAAUGCGAAACUUGUCCACCGAAAGCGAUUUCUGUUUGUAGUCCAAAGACAUAAAUAAAUGAGUCAACGUUCCCUCAACUUGAAU